GUUAGGCAGAUUCAAGGACCAGAUAGAUAGGAGCGGCGGUGGAGCCGUUUAGCUCACACCCCUCUGGUCACUCAACUCGCUCCCCUAAACGCCUGCGUUUCUGGCCAUCAUGGUGGCUAAAAGCAGAAAGCAAACCGGGAAGAGCCCAGCGACCCAGACAGAACGUGACAAGAACGUCCCCCAUGCCUCUCCCCACAGCAAAAGCAACAUUAGGCGCGCAGGCAAGGAGGGAAAGCCUGGCGUUCACCCGAACGGGCUUUCAGUCAUCGGACACAAGCUUGGAAUCACUUCCUCUUCUGUUGUGAAGCUGGGAGUCACUGUUCUCCUCGCUGCUCUGUCUGGAUAUCUGCACUGGCAUCACCUCUUCCAGCUGUUUGAGAAUGACAGGCAUUUUUCUCAUCUGUCCAACCUGGAAAAGGAAAUGGCUUUUCGUACGGAAAUGGGUCUGUACUAUUCCUACUAUAAGACCAUUAUUGAAGCACCGUCCUUCAUGAGCGGCCUCCACAAGAUCAUGAACGAUCGUCUAACGGAGCAUCCUCUGGUUAUUAACACGCUGAAGAGGUUCAAUCUCUACCCAGAGGUGGUCCUGGCCAGCUGGUACCGCAUGUACACCGCUGUAAUGGGCUACUUUGGAAUUCCCACUAAGAUGUGCUGGUCCAUCAACAGAGGAGAGGGACUCACGCCUGUGGACAGCUGUGAAGGCAUGGGGGACCCGGCAUAUUUCUAUGUAACCUGUGUUUUCCUGCUGAAUGGUUUGAUGAUGAGCCUGUUCUUCAUUUACGGAGCUUAUCUCAGUGGGAGUCGCCUGGGUGGAAUUGUUACCACGGCCUGUUUUUUCUUCAACCACGGUGAAAGCACUCGUGUGAUGUGGACUCCACCCCUGAGGGAGAGUUUUGCAUACCCAUUUCUCGUCCUGCAGAUGCGUCUCCUCACCUACAUCCUGCGAUCCCGGAGCCCGAGCAGGACGGCGCUGGUCGCUCUGGGCAUCUCCAAUUUGUGCUUCAUGCUGCCUUGGCAGUUCGCCCAGUUUGUGCUGCUCACCCAGGUGGCUUCUUUGUUUGCGUCUUACAUCCUGGGCUACCUUGCUGCUGCCAAGAUGCAGGCCAUCCUUGUCACUCACAUGGUCACACUCGGCGUCUGCUUCAUCCUGAUGUUUGGUAACUCCAUGCUCCUCACAUCCUUCUACGCCUCUUCACUCAUUUCCAUCUGGGUGAUCAUUGCUUUGAGAGGCCGAUUUACCCAGCUGUUCAAACCUGGCGUUGUGAUCUGGGUCAUGCAGGUUCUGGCGUGGGUCGGCUCCACAGUUCUGCUCAAGUUUGUGCUCUCCACAGUAUUUGGCGCCUCCGAUGAUGCUCACAUCAGUGCACUGAUCAAAUCAAAGUUCACGAGUUAUAAAGAUUUCCACACCCUGAUGUACACGUGCGCCGCUGAAUUUGACUUCAUGGAGUUAGAGACUCCAGUACGUUACCUUAAAACGCUGCUGCUGCCUGUCAACAUGUCAGUGGUUGCUCUCAUUGCUGCCAGGACCGUUCAGGAUGUCCUACAGACUCUGAGCCACGGAGCGAAGACUUCUGUGAAACCUGAGGAUGGUGAUGAAGCAGAAGGAUCUGAAAUAGCCGCUAAAGGAGAGCUGGUGUACCACAGCUUGCAGCUUGUAGCGUUUGCCGUGCUCGCCAUCCUCAUCAUGCGCCUGAAGCUCUUCCUGACACCUCACAUGUGCAUCAUGGCCUCGCUGAUCUGCUCCAAACAGCUGUUUGGUUGGAUUGGUGAGAAGUUCAAGCACCAGGUUGUAGUUGUUGCAGUCAUGGCCAUGAUGGCUAUCCAGGGAGCAGCCAACCUGCAGGCUCAGUGGGCGAUUAUCGGAGAGUUCAGCAACCUGCCGCAGGAGGAGUUGCUGGACUGGGUCAGGGAAAACACCCGCACAGACUCUGUGUUCGCGGGAGCCAUGCCCACCAUGGCCAGCGUGAAGCUUUCUACUGGUCGGCCAAUCGUCAACCAUCCCCACUACGAAGACGCUGGUCUCAGGGAGAGAACCAAACUGGUCUACUCCAUGUACAGCCGCAUGUCUGGAGAAACGGUGAAGACGAACCUGAUGAACCUUGGGGUGGACUUCUUCAUCCUGGAGGACUCCUGGUGCACCAGACGAACCAGGCCUGGGUGCAGCAUGCCAGAGAUCUGGGACAUUGAGGACCCUGAAAACGUUGGUAAAAUUCCCUUCUGCACCCACAUGUCCAGGAACUCUCGACCCUUCUUCACCACAGUCUUUUCCAAUGACAUUUACAAAGUUCUCAAAGUCCCCAAAGCCUCCAAAAGUGUAAGAUAACGGCGUCGGACAGAACAUCGCCUAAUCGGUUUUAUUCAUCUCUGAUUUGUAAUUGUAUGUUUUAUUUGUAGUCACAUAAAUUCAUUUCUACUUUUUACUUCCCAAAACCAAUUAUUCUCUGAGUGGUGACUAAAUAAUCAGCAGAACACACCAAAAAGGGAAUGCCACGAGUCACAUCAGAGUUCUGGCUUCACAGGUCAGUGUUUGUGUCAUUCUAGUCGUCUUUCUGCUGCACCUGUUAAGUGUCCAAGUGAAACCAAAAGGUGCCAUAGCUCCUGAUUUAGCGUGUUGGAACUAUUUUACUACAUUAUAAGUUUUCUUCGUCCGUCACCUCAGAAGUCAAGUUCUCCUGUCAGUGAUGUCCACUUACUGUGAAGCAAUACUCUUUACAAACUUGACAAAAGCGGAUUUCUCCUAAUGCAAUGCACAGUGUUAAUCUCUGAAAAGACUUUUCAGUAGGAAAAUAUUUUUAUAAUUUAUUUCUGUGAGUAGUUUUAUGCAACUUUGAGAUUUUAGGAUGUGUUUGGAGGAUUUUUAAAUCUGGUACAUAUCAUGCAGUAUUUGUGUUUAGACCGAAUUUACUCAGACAGGUUUUAAACAUCAUUUCAUCUGAGAAAACAGGCUUUUCUUUUAUUGAUCAUGUAAGUUUUUAUGGUCUGAUGUAGUAAACAGAUUGUAUAUAUUUCUUCAAACUGCCCUGUUAAAACUUUUAUAAACUUGUUUUGCAAAAUACUGAUGUUCAGCCGUUAAGGUUGUUUUUAUUGUGCUUCUUGAUUUCAUGUUUGUUGCCAAAGGAAGUCUUGUAAUUAAAGCUGCAUUUUCAGGGUUUUCAAGCCCAGAAAA